AUGCUUGUGGGCCCAGACGGUCGAGGCUACAGAAUUUCAGCCCCAGUUGAACGAUGGGCAUUUUACUGCGGUGACAUUGUAUCUUUCUUCUCUCUACAAAAAACCAACGGAAGCAUGCUUUAUAGUCUUCUAGCUGUGUCCCUCGUGUCCAUCUUUGUUGUCUUCGUAACUUCAAAGCUACGUUCUCGCAAUCGGCCUCCUCUACCACCGGGCCCAAAGGGUCUGCCGCUGAUCGGACACCUCCGUGCAAUAGCGAGUGACAAGCAUAAGUACUGGUACCAGAUAGGUCAGGAAUAUGGCCCUUUAGCUUCGGUGAAGGUGGGUCAUCUGACCUUCAUCAUCAUCAACUCCCACGAUGUUGCCCACGACCUUAUCGUCAAAAGGUUCGCUAACUAUAGCGGCCGGGCUCGGACACCCUUUAUCGAGAUCCUGGACGAAUCAAAGGACUGGACCAGCAAGUUUAUCCUGACACGGCAAUACGGCCCAGAAUACCGUCUGCAUCGACGCAUGUUGGAGUCCGGUAUGACAGCAGCAUACGCCACUCGUUUCCACGGCUUGAUGGAGCUCGAGACAUGCCAGCUCCUAAACGAUCUCCUCGAAGAUAAGGAUUCUCGCACUAACGGCAUGAACAGUGUCCUCCUUUUCAAGCAUAUCGAGCGCGUCCAGACUAGCUUCGUCAUUGGGGGCACAUAUGGGUUCCGCACGCCUCACCGUCUUGAUCCAAAUCUCACUACCAUAAUCAAAAGCUCGCACGAUUCUAACGAUAUUGCUGUGUCUCAGACAUUACUGAACUUCUUUCCGAGCUUGAAGUAUCUGCCCAAAUCCCUCUCACCAUACUAUAAGGCUGCGGCCAAGGUGCGUGAAUACACCUCACCCUGGGUACAUGGACACUUGAUUACGGCUCUUGAACGCCCCGGAUGGAACCUGGCUAAGCAAUCGUAUGCCAUUGGCAUGAAGGAAGGCUCAACUCCACGUGAGGUCGAAGUCAACCUCGAGACCAAUGUCUAUGGAGGCAUCGAGACAUCCCCGCGUGAGCUGAUGUGGGUUGUUGUCGCUGCUAUCACACAGCGAGAUGUAGUGCGCAAAGUUCAGGCCCAGCUCGAUGAGGUUGUCGGCCCAAAUCGCCUUCCCAACUUUGUUGACCGACCCAAGCUGACUUAUGUUGACGCUUUCCUGCGCGAGGUCAUGCGCUGGCGGCCUAUUAUGGCUGAUUCCAUCCCCCACCGAGUUGAGAAGGACGACGUUUACAAUGGCUUCCUCAUCCCCGCCAACGCUCUCAUUAUGCCUAACGCUUGGGGCAUCAACCGGGACACCAAAUACUUUGGGGACGAUGUCGAGGAGUUUAUCCCCGAACGUUGGUUCACCAACCGAGAUGUAAAGAAAGGCACUCUACGAAACGACCUUCCCACACCCGUGUUCGGGUACGGACGACGUACUUGCGCCGGAAAACGCAUAGCAGAGGAUGGCAUGUACAUGCAGAUGGCACGUCUACUGUGGGCAUUUGACUUUCAAGAGGUCGACGGCGAGCCCGUUGACCCAACUGCCGACCUUCGCCACACUUUCACCGUGCCCCCAGCACCAUUCAAAGUGAAGUUUAUGCCACGCCGGAAGACGGUACGAGAAGUAGUAACGAAAGAGUGGCGAGCAUGUGAGACCGACGUGCCGAAGCUACUAGGCGAGAUGGACAAUCACUUUUUUGAUAUGAAGACCGUGGAUUAG